CUUAGAUGGGACCAAAGCCUCAGCCCGACUCACACACUUCCAAAUCGACGGCACUACUCAGACUGACUUGCUCGAGUAAACACUGGCGGCUGGGGCCGACACAAGAGAGACUCUGUCUAGUGUGUCUUUUUCUUUAACGUUCUUCAAGAGCAGUCCUUGAGGUAGGCCCAGUUGGCCCCAACUCAUCCCAGCCAAGAGGGGGCCAGGUGUGCUGUACCUUGCAACUUUUGAACCCUGGAACUCUACUGUAGAGCAGUAUGACUCUUCUGGGCUCUGAACACUCAAUACUGAUACGAAGCAAGUUCCGAUCAGUGCUACAGUUAAGACUUCAGCAGAGGAGGACACGAGAGCAGCUGGCAGACCAAGGCAUCAUGCCUCUAAAUCAUGGCAAGUUCCCCAAGCAAGAAGACUCGUACGCAUUUGAGGAGGACAGCAGCAGUGAGAGUUUGUCUCCAGAUCAGCACCACAGUGAUGACUCUCAGGGCUCUGCCUGUCCUUCAUCCGAGGUUGUCAGCAGCACAGCCUCCUCUUCCUCACCUGGGCUCACUAGCACACAACAGGAGGGCACAACCAGAGACCCACCUGACCAAAGCCAAGAUGAAGGACUUUCUGCAGCGAGCACCAACCAGGGUACUCCUCCAAUACCAGUUCCUGCUAUUGUCAAGUCCAAGACCGCAGACAAGAGCCGCCAUAAGAAGCCCAAAGAUGUGAAGCCAAAAGUGAAGAAGCUGAAAUACCACCAGUACAUUCCCCCUGACCAAAAGGCUGACAAGUCGCCCCCACCGAUGGACUCGGCCUAUGCUCGACUCCUCCAGCAGCAGCAGCUCUUCCUGCAGCUACAGAUCCUCAGCCAGCAGAAACACGCUCACACUCAUUCGCAGUCGCAGCAGCAGCACGCCACCUUGAUGAUGCAGGGCCAGGCUCAGCAGAGACAACCUGCCUUUACUUACCAGCCUCACCCGCAGGCACACCUGCACAAGGGGACGAGUGACCAGCUGCCAGCUUGUACCCCCAAUGGUCCAUCCAACCCAGGAGACAGCAACCCGUCCUCACCUGUCAAGACGCCAUAUCCCAGCCAAAACAACAUCUCUCCCGUCAAACCUGGGCCCCUGCCAGCCAAUCUGGAUGACCUUAAAGUGUCUGAGCUAAGGCAGCAUCUUCGUAUCCGUGGCUUGCCGGUCUCCGGCACCAAGACGGCUCUCAUCGAGCGACUCAGGCCCUUCAGGGAUUCCAACUCUGGAUCCUCCCCAUCUGGGUCCUCUGAUAUCACCACAGUGACCUUCCCCGUCACUCCAAUGGGGUCGCUGUCCUCUUACCAGUCUCCAUCCUCCUCCAGUACCCUGUCCCAGGGAGGCUAUUACCCUUAUCCCAGCAACUCCUCUACACCUCCAAUCUCACCAGCAUCCUCUGAGCUCUCCCUAAGCGGCUCACUCCCUGACAGCUUCAGCGAUGUCCCCAUGUCCUCUCCAUCACAGUUCGCUCCACAGCAGUCGUCCCCUGGCCAACUCAGCAUGGAUGACGGGCUUGGCGGAUCGCGGAUAGGGGAGGGUGGAGGGAUGGAUGGCAUGGAGGCAGCGAAAGACAAAAUGCUGGUUGAAAAGCAGAAGGUGAUUGAAGAGCUGACAUGGAAGCUUCACCAGGAACAAAGACAGGUUGAAGAGCUGAAGAUGCAGCUUCACAAGAGGAAGCGCUGUUAUGGAGCCACUGCAGGCACCAUUACUACAUCUCACAAUCCCUCCAUGCACCAUCAGACCAUGAUGGGCCAGCAUUCCUUUGAGGUGAACAUCAAACAAGAACCCAUGUCAAUCUCCUCGAGCUGCCCACUUUCCUCUCCCAAACAUAUCAAGAGCUCUUCGGGGAACUGCUCGGAGGACAUGAGACACUGCAGCACAGUGCUCCACAAUAUGGGGGGGCAUUGUGGACCCCAAUGUAUGGACUCGGACCCAUCCUCAGGCAGCCCGUCCACCAUGACUGCUUUCCUUAGUCCGCAGGGCUCGCCGCAAGACUCCUCUAUCGGAAAACCAAUCGGAAGCCCCCAGCCUUCGUCUCCGAACACCCCCUACAUGCUGUCACCUCUUGUGGGGAGGGAAGGCUGCAAUCAGCCCAACUCCCACUGCAGUGCCAGAGCGUCCAAUUUGCAGGUACCUCACAAGAGUUCUCAGCCCAUCAACUGCUCUUAUCCUUCUGAACAAAGAGGCCUUCAAGGACUUUAUUACAACACAGCUGAUUAUGGGCUCGCUCAGAAUGGUUUAGUCAAACCUGGCAACCCAACUAUUCAACCAAAGCAGCUGACCAGAAGCCAGCAGAUGGAUGAACUUUUAGACGUUCUCAUAGAAAGUGGAGGGUACCCCAGCCUGCUCCUUCCGAGGUUCCACCGCCACUACGAGCACCAGGCACCCACACCGCUCCAUUACGACCACCUGGAGACUUUGCUGGGUCCGAUGAGCAGGGGCGGGGAAGGCGCCUCUCUUAAAAUGGCCACAGACGGCGGGCAGCAAGAAGAUGGCGGCAACAGAGACAGCCAAGAUUACAGCGGCCAUCAUGACUACCAGUGUCACUCUCACCAUCCCCAGCAGGACAAAGUUGGGACCAACAGAGAUCCGGUGGACACACCUCUCUCACCCCUCAGCAAGGUGUCUGCUCUCCCUGAGGUGCAAGGGAUGGUCAGUAUGGCAUUCAGUGAGACGCCGUGGGAGACGAUGGAGUGGCUGGACCUCACUCAGCCCACUUCAAACGCGGCCUUGAAUGUUCCAACGCCAAGUAUGCCCAGCAUUUUCAACACAGAGUUCCUGGAUGUCAGCGAUAUUAACUUGAACUCCGCUAUGGACCUUCACCUGGAGCACUGGUGAAUGCAGAAAUAAUGCAAUAUUGUUAACUAUCCAAAGCUUAUACAUCAGCUUUUUACCUUUUCAACCCCAAGUACCCCGCAACCAGGCCCUGGCUGUAUUGCUGCAAUAUUAGUCAGAAUAAUAAUAGUUAAUAGACUAUUUUAACCCCUUCUUUUUACCGGAUUUUUUUCCCCGUGAAACUACCCAGAAGCAGACGAGUUAACUAAGAAUGUGUCUAAAUUCUACGAACACCAGUGUGAAUGGACUGAAACAGGUGUUAAUAAUUUAGGACAUAGUUUGAAUCCUUACAAUUCAAUUUUGACAAUGAUACUACCAAAAUUGACUAUUUUAAGCAAGUUUUCCCAAAGUUAGGAUCAGCAAUUCCAAAGAUGUGCAUGGAAACAUGCAUACACACAAAGGUUCAUAUGCUUCUUGACACUAUCGAGUCUUUAAAUUUAUUUUUAAAAAUUUUAAUUUUCCUGAGGGAACUCUCCUGAAGGAAUCAAUAAAGUACUAUCCAUUUAUCUAUUAAAGACCGUUUUGUCGGUGUUACUGCCCGAUUUACUCAGCUGCCCAAUUUGACUUUCGUUUAUUUAAACAACGGUUCGCCAAAGUAUCUACUGAUAACCUGAAAUAAUCAAAAACCACACUUUAAAAAUUAAAAUUACUUUUAUCCAUCCACAUCUUUAAUUAUGAAAAUUUGAAGCUGCCCUUCUCUUCUUAGCUCUGAAUCCGGGUGACAUCAUUGGUGGUUACUUGGCGUAACUAAAUAAGCUUGCUUUUCAUGCUUACAAUUGAAGUACCAUAUUUUUCGGACCAUAGGGCGCACCAGAUUAUAAGACGCACUGCCGAUGAGCGAGUCUAUUUAGGUCUAUUUUCUUGUGGUCUACAUAACAUGUAAUGGUGGUUCUUUGGAGAAAAUGUUGCAUAGAUUAUUUUUUACCAGCCAUCUUAAAGUCGUCUUUUGACCGUCGCUUCUUAUUUACGUGGCUCCACUUUGACAGCGUCUUUUCCCCGUCAAAUUUGUUCUAGCGGUAGUUUUUAGAGCUUCCAUAGCGGGUCUACUGACAGAUAUAAAUUAGAACUGUACGCUACUUUAUAUUAGAAAUGGCAACAUCAGAGGAUGAAUGCCCCACAAACAGAAGAUAGAAGACAAAGAAGAAGCUUAUUGACUAUGGACUAUAAUGACAGACGCAAGCUAAUUUUCAGGACCUAUGCAGAUCCCAAAUACACAUUAGCAGGAACCAAUAGGUAAGAAAAGUUGGUUUUGCAUAAGAGGUCGAACCAAAACGCCAGAUAAUAUGUCUCGUAAUAGGUGCAAUUUCGCAGUCCUUAUACACGCACCAUAAUAAUACCCGUAUGUUGAAUCAGAGUACGUCUGACUAGGGUAGCCAAGCGGUGCGGUUUCGUAGCUUACCAAAGUUGUACUAAAACAUUUUGACAGAUUUUUGUGUAACGUUUUAUAUAACAUCAAAGUUUUGGUGUCUCUUGCUUACCUGUACUUGCUAGCAUCAACCCAUGUAUCUCUUAUUUGUGACUGCCACCUACUGGUCACACUUAUCAUUACACCAUGUACCGAAUAAAAUUGGUUCAGGGCUUGUAAGCACAACCAGAAUUAAUACGUACAUUAGGCGCACCGGGUUAUAAGGCGCACUGUCGUUUUUGGAGAAAAUGAAAGGAUUUUAAGUGCGCCUUAUAGUCACAAAAAUAUGGUACUCUGUUUUUUUUAAAUAAUUUCGCUAUCCAAACACUUUGAAUACACAUAUGUUGGUAUUUUUGUAAUAUUUUGUACGACUCACAGUCGUAUUGUUUUGGGGGCCUCAUUUCCAUUAAGCUAAGGACCAGGCCAAAUGAUGAAAAAGAGAGGACCUAAAAUGGAAACUUGAGGAAACCACUAGUACAACUGAAGAAGUUGAACAAAUGACUACAAACUGCAUCUGAAGUAAAACAAAUCACAGCAACACCUUAAUUACCUGAAUCACAUGACAAACAUUACAAAAUUUAACUGCCAAAAGAAGCGCCUCAGUCAUGUAAAUCACAAGUUGGGACCCUAGUGUUCUGUGUGUGGUAGCAAGGUUAAUAGGUCAAUGCAAGGAUCUGCCAAUGUGUUUACAGUGGUCCAAGUUCUCUCCUGUUUUUAGGAAUUUGCCCGCAAAAAUGUUUGUCUCCAAGUUUUUAACGGAAAAGUCCUGCUUAGUAGCACUGCAGGAAUUUGCUAUGUUUCCUCGUGCGCGACGCAAAUGCAACACAUGCGCUGAUAAUUGGGCAGUUCAGUAAAUCGGGUAGUGACAGUCAGAAUUGUCUGUAAAUAAAAACUUUAAAGGACCACGUGGGUUUUGCUGACUUACGCAGAUGUUCCUUGUUUCUUUAACAAAAGUCUACCAAUCAACCAGCCGAUUAGUGUUUUCACACUUUUAUUGGCUGUUCAAUGUGUCAAUCAUCAUCAGGAUUAGAUGUGAUUGGCCCAAGCUACGUACGCUAAUACAGCCAGAGCCUGGUUAGUGGGAUACUUAGGGGCUAAAAGGUCAAUUUACAAAACAAACCACAUAAAUCCACUGAAGCUUUACCAAAGAACAGAAGGGUACUCAAUGAAACACAGACUGACUCCAAUGCUACAACAAUCCUGAUUUCAAUCGCCACAACUUUAUCAAUAGCCAGCUUCUGUUUAUUUUCUGGUAUUUAUGACAAAUGCUUCCUGCAUUCAAAAAUACUUUUAUUGUUCGACAACAAUCAUCAUCAUUUUACUUUAAAGGAGAACUGCAAUUUUUUUGGAAGUUUGCCUAUCGUUCACAAUCAUUAUGAAAGACAUGACGACAGAUGGAUUUUUUUUUAAUGCAUUCUAAAUAUUAAAUAAACGUAAAUAAAAGUCUGCUUACAGCGUAGCCAAUGGGAGCUCCACUAUUCCGUCCAUAAAACCCAAUAAAUAACCAUUCAAAAUGCGCCAACAAUACUCCAUUUACAUUUUGUGACUUGAAUAUUAACCAGGUAUUAGUGAUAUUGUUAUUAUAAGAGCUAACGCAGACGAACUAUCUAUAGCAGCAACGUGAUCACUUCCGUGUGUCCCUAUGUUUACAUCAUCGAGUGGUCUGUGGUUUCUUCGCUUCCCUGCUCCCUUUAAGUUUAUUCUAGAUCAUAAAUCGUGCCUCUCACUUGAAAAGUAGAUGGCUGAGCAUAUAGUCUGACAAAUUGGGGCACUUUGACAGCCAUAUAAGACCUGGAGCUGGCAAGAACGACACAAAAAGCGCUUGGUCCCCUCCCCAUUUCUUUGUGAGGAUUAUGAGUAAUUUUUCAUCUAAAUGGGAUUAUAUGAGCAUUUUAGCAGUCGUCUUUCUAAUGACAGAAGACAUUGUACAGCAAGUGAUGUUUUAUUAUGUUUGUUGGCUCUCAUACAGUCUGCAGUGAGUAAUAAUCAGUCAUGAAGGAAAAAAGCAAAUGUGGUGCGUUUUUAAAAUGAAGUAUGCUUAAAAUGAUCACAAUAGAUCAAUAUUAAAUCUUAUUAUAAAUGUGCCUUUUACUACAUUACAUACAUACUUACAUCAUGUAUAUAAAACCCUAACGGAGGUGUUUAGAUGGAUGGAUUUAUGGGCUCUAUAGGCAGAAUUUAAUGGCUUUUGAUUGCCUUUAUUUAAUAUUCAGAAUGCAUUAAAAAAAAUCCAUCCAUCGUCAUGUCUUUCAUAAAGAUUGUGAACAAUAGGCAAAAUUCCCCCAGAAAGUGCAGUUCCCCUUGUAGUACAAUCUCUGACCUAUUAUUGGACAAAAUACUCUUGGGCAAUAAAGUACACACUUCGACCUGAAUAAAAUACACUGAAUAUUCUUCAGACAAUAAAACACAUGUACAGUAGUACCUCAAUUUAUGAGCUUAAAAUGUUCUACGACUGAGCUCGCAUCUCAAAUCAACAUAACUCAUUGAAAUUAAUUAAAAUCAAUUUGCCUGGUGUUUUCCCCCAAAAAAACAGCACACUUUUUUAACACGUAAAAUGCCUUUUAAAAAGAAAAACACACUUUUAGAAAAAGAAAUAUUGUACAUAAAAACAAUACAAUACAAUCUACUACAAACAACUACAGUAGUUUUAUGAAGGUUUGGCGUACCAAAGGAAACCUUUUCACUAAAAUUUUGCCCGUAUCUUAACAAUUAGCCAAGAAACAGCUGGUAAUUAUCGUAAGUGGAGGUACCGCUGUAUGCUUUGCCAUACCAUUUUAUAAAAUGGUGACAAUCAUUUAAAAGUGUUGAAGUCGGUUUGCGUUGCUGGAAAAUGGAGUUACAAAGUACAUUUGACUGCUUAAUGCUGUACAUAGGUCCAUUUUGGUUUGUUUCCUGACUAUAUAUAUCUGCACUGGGAUCAAACAAAAAGUUAAAGUUGUCAGUAUUGUGUGUGAAAACAGAAAUGGUGUAGAAGAUAAUGACUUCAUCUUUGAAUGUCAGUACAAAACUCACCGUGCACCUCUUGCCUAACCGAUGCAGUAUUUGUCACAUGAUGCUUUUGGGUUGUAGAAUAUGUGCGUAAAAAUGGCUGGCAUUCUUUUGAGGGACCUUUUUUUAGUAACUCUCUCUGAUAUUUAGGACAUUUAUCCUUAGAGUGGCAUUAUUUAAAACCAUAUGUCUGAAAGAGUGGCCAUCUUUCAAUUGGCAGAAAUUGUAAACAACCUGCUUUUUUAAUUUUUUUUAAAUGCAUGUACCCCGCGACUCCGAGAGGGACAAGCGGUAGAAAAUGGAUGGAUGAAAAAAUGGACGUACAAGUUUCCCCUUUCAAUGUGCCUGUAUGCAAAUAUUUAGACGCAUAAAUCAUACAAGCAUGGAUCAAAUCAUUAUUUCCCCCACGGUAAUGUCAUCUCUAUUUUUCUAGCAAAUACUUUUGUCCUAAAAAAAUCGUCACCUUUUAUAUCUCCUGGCCAACUUCAAUUAUUUAUUUGGUGUAAUACUCUUUGUACUGUUUCAUGUAUUUAUACGACAUUCCUUUCUAGACUUGGAGAUUGGGGCUUCUUAUGGACCGAAAAGGAAACUCCAGUGCUACAAAUUGACCACAGACAUUUUUUGUCAGACAUUUGAAGAUAUCCUGCAAACUGAAAUACUGUAACCACUUUUGAAAUGAAACCUUAAACCCUUCUCCUUCCUGAAAUGUC